UUUGUGUUUUCCCUUCUCCUUCCCCACCAGGUACCUCCUUCCCUGCUUUUGACAUUGUGGCUUAUAAGACUGCAGGGUCCAUGGACUUUCCUCGGGGACCUGGUGGGGAAUUGCUGGGCUUUGUCCAUCCCAAGCUGCAGGAUAGAGAUUUCCUUCCCCUGAAGCCAGGAGACCCCAUUUUUGAGCUCUUCAGUGGGGAGGAGAUCUGCUAUGAAGGGGACGCCACUGUCUACCCAGCCUUCAUCAACGAGGCUGCCUACUACGAGAAGGGAAUAGCCUUCAUCAAGACGGAAAAGCACACGUUCUCGGUCCGGGCUCUGGAGGCCCCCGGGCCGUCCUGAGGCUGGCCCCGGCGACUCAAGGGGAAGCAGCGGCGCAGGGCCACGCUCGAGGAGCUUCCUGCGGGCCCAGCCGGUCCAGAAGGGACCUCAGAACUCCGAACGGCGCCCCCCAGUUAUUAAACUAUGCACACAGA